AUGGAUUCAACAGCAGCCAUCGUUCCAAACUCAUCUAAUGAAAGCCUAGAAUCUCCUCAAGAUGAGAAAUUAUCAUUAGAACAAUUCCGUAAAUUAUUUAUUGGUGGUUUAAUUCAUACGAUUACCGAUGAAAAAUUAAAAGAAUAUUGUUCAAAAUAUGGUGAAAUAAUUGAAUGUGUUAUUAUGCGUGAUAGAGAAGGUCGAUCACGUGGUUUUGCUUUUGUUAGUUUUAAAGAUCGCGAAACGGUUGAAAACUUCAUGAAAGAUCGACCACAUAUUAUUGAUGGAAAAAAAAUCGAACCCAAACGUGCUAUGCCUCGCAAUGAAGCAUCGAAAGCAGAAGGCCAAUUAACUGUUCGAAAAAUUUUUAUUGGAGGAAUUAAAGAAGAUUUAACUGAAGACAAAUUGAAGUCAUAUUUUCAAAAAUUUGGAAAUAUUGUUGAAUGUAAUAUUAUGAAAGAUAAAGAAGAUAAAUUACGUGGUUUUGGAUUUAUAACCUUUGAUGAUUAUGAUGGUGUUGAUCGGUGUAUUCUUGAAAAGCCUCAUAUUAUCAAUGAAAAGGAGCUUGACGUACGAAAAGCAAUACCUCGUGAACAAAUAUCACGUAUUAAUAUUUCAAAUACUAAUCAAAAUUCUGAAUUUUAUUCUCCAACAAAUUUAAUAUAUAAUCAACCAACGGCAUCAUCUUCAUCCUAUACUUAUUUUCAACCAUCAAAUUAUUUUUAUAAACCAAUGCCAUUAAUGAAUACAAAUGAUUUUUCUCCUCCAACAUUAUCAUAUGCAUCAGAAUUAUCGAAGAAUGUAUAUUCUCUUUCAGCUCCGUUAACAUAUCAAAAUAAGUUAUCUAAUGAAGAAAAAUCUCGAAUACGUCUAACAAAUGAUGAACAAUAUCGAAAAUUAUUUAUUGGUGGUUUAUCUUUGAAAACAACAGAUGAAACAUUAAAAGAUUAUGCAAUAAAAUUUGGUGAAAUAACUGAUUGUUUAGUAAUGAAAGAUCAAAAAGGUCAAUCGAAAUGUUUUGGUUUUGUUACAUUUAUUAAUUCGGAAAUAGUUGAUGAAUUUAUGAAACAAAGACCACAUAUAGUUGAUGGUCGACAAAUAGAUCCAAAACGAGCAAUGCCACGUGAAGAAGCCAAUAAUGAUGAUGUUCAUUUAACAGUUAAAAAAAUUUUUAUUGGAGGUAUUCGUGAUGGACUUGAUGAAGAUACAUUACGAAAACAUUUUGAAAAAUAUGGAAAUAUCAAUGAUUGUCUUCUUAUGCAUGAUAAAAACGGAAAGACACGUGGAUUUGCUUUUAUUGAAUUUGAUGACUAUGAUUCUGUUGAUAAAGUUAUUCUUGCACGACCUCAUGUAAUUGGUAAAUAUCAUGUUGAUGUUAAAAAAGCUAUUCCAAAAGAUCAACGACAAUUUCAACAUCAACAACAACAAUAUGCACUUCAAAUGCAAGCAGCUACUGCUUAUUAUUAUUAUAAUAGUUUACCAUAUCAUAUUCUGAAUAAUCAAAUAAGAUCUCCUUACAAUUUAAUGACUCAAAACGGUGCUUUUAUAGAUGAUAUUUUUUCUCAUAUUCAAAUAUCAAAUAACAAUAAUAAUCAUUCAAAUUCUUUUCAUUAUACUCCCACACGUAACAAUGGUCAACAAACAUUACAUAGUAGUCAAUAA